GAGAGCAACAAGCUACGGGGAACUACCAUCAGAAAAAUGAAAGAGGCCGGCAUGGCUGGAGUCCUGCCCUGCCUCCUCCUCCACCUCCUCCUCUUCCUGAAGCCACGCGCCAUCGCCGCCGCCGCCUACUCGGAGUACUCGUGCAAUGGCACCACCGGCAACUACACGGCGCGUGACGCCUUCGGGGCCAACCUCGCGCGCCUCACCGCCGAGCUCCCCGCCGACGCCUCCACCUCUCCGUCCCUCUACGCCUCGGCGGCCAUCGGCGCCUCCCCCGACAAGGUCUUCGCCCUCGCGCUCUGCCGCGGCGACAUCACGGACGCCAGGGCGUGCUCCGGCUGCCUCGACAACGCGUUCACGCAGCUGCGGGCGCUCUGCGCCGGCGAGAGGGACGCCACGUUCUACCACGACCUCUGCACCCUCCGCUACUCCGGCGAGGACUUCCUGGCGCGGCCGGACGACAACAGCCCGGUGAUCAACGGCAUGGACGUGAACGGGUCGACGUACGCCGCGUGGGACAGCCGGAACGCCACGUCCCGGAGCUUCUUCCUGUCCCUGGUCGGCACGCUGUUCGGGGAGAUGUCCAUGUACGGCGCGUACAACUCGUCGGUGCGCCGGUUUGCCAGCGCCGUCAUGUACAUCAACCCGCAGCUGCCCACGGUGUACGGCCUGGCGCAGUGCACGCCGGACCUCUCCCCGGGGCAGUGCUGGCACUGCUUCCAGGGCCUCCAGGAGCAGACCCGCCAGUGGUACGACGGCCGCGAGGGCGGCCGCAUCGUCGGCGUCCGGUGCAAUAUUCGCUAUGAAGGCUACCAGUUCUACGACGGCAUGGCCAACGUCAGGAUCGGCACACCCGGUGGCUCAUCUUCACCAACAGAAAGCAAUGGAAGCAAGCACAGGCAGACCCUAAUAAUCGUUUUAUGCGUGUCCGUUACGGUGUUCUGUUCUAUGUUGGUUGGCUGCCUUCUCCUCAUCAGAAGGCUAAGAAAAGGAGCUGGAAACACGAAAUUAGAACAAGGUCAUAAGAGGAACAACUCGAAGACAGAGGAGGCGCUGAAGCUGUGGAAGAUCGAAGAGAGCAGCUCAGAGUUCACCUUGUACGACUUCCCUGAGCUCGCCGCUGCCACGGACAACUUCUCCGACGAGAACAAGCUCGGACAAGGCGGCUUCGGUCCGGUUUACAAGGGAAAGUUUUCUGACGGAGCCGAGGUGGCGGUGAAGAGGCUGGCGGCGCAGUCCGGGCAGGGGCUUGUGGAGUUCAAGAACGAGAUCCAGCUCAUCGCCAAGCUGCAGCACACGAACCUCGUCAAGCUCGUGGGCUGCUGCGUGCAGGAGGAGGAGAAGAUGCUGGUCUACGAGUACCUGCCCAACCGAAGCCUAGACUUCUUCAUCUUCGACCAAGAGCGAGGUCCGUUGCUGGACUGGCAGAAGCGGCGGCACAUAAUGGAAGGGAUCGCGCAGGGGCUCCUAUACCUGCACAAGCACUCCCGGGUGCGGAUCAUCCAUCGGGACAUGAAGGCCAGCAACAUACUGCUGGACAAGGACCUCAACCCCAAGAUCUCCGACUUCGGCAUGGCCAGGAUCUUCGGCUCCAACAUGACGGAGGCCAACACCAACAGGGUCGUCGGCACCUACGGUUACAUGGCACCUGAGUAUGCUUCGGAGGGCCUCUUCUCGGUCAAGUCUGACGUCUUCAGCUUCGGCGUGUUGCUGCUGGAGAUAGUGAGCGGCAAGAGGAACAGCAGCGGCCACGGCCAGCACUACGGAGAAUUCGUCAACCUCCUCGGCUACGCAUGGCAGCUGUGGAGGGAUGGGAGAGCGUUCGAGCUGGUCGACCCGACGCUGGGCCACUGCAGCGAGGUGGCGGACAUCAUGCGGUGCGUCAAGGUGGCGCUGCUCUGCGUGCAGGACAACGCCAUGGACCGGCCGACGAUGACCGACGUGACGGCGAUGCUGGGGAACGACGGGGUGCCGCUGCCGGACCCGAGGCGGCCCCCGCAUUUCCACCUCAGGGUCACCAGCGACGAUGAGGAGGACGGCGCCGGCGGGUCUGGGGCGCGGACACGGUCCACGCACUUCACCGGAUCGUGCAGCACCAACGACGUGACCAUCAGCACCAUCGAGGAAGGGAGGUGAUUGCUUUCUCCUGUUAGUGAGUGGGCCACGUGUCACGGUGUAGGGUUGAGAUGUUUCCGGCUGUGGCGCACUGGCAUAUGUCUCGCUCGUGUCACGGUGUCGAUCACCGUUGUUGUACAGAUCAUACGCUAUUGCAUAGGACAAGAAGAGCCCUAAAAUUGUACGUACGAACUAUACUGCUGGCAGUGCUUUGACGAACGAAAAAGGAAAAAGGAAAUGUAGUGCUACAUGAUAUAGACAGGAUGCAAGGGAGUCGCAGAGCGUUGGCUCUUGACAGUAACAUAUGUGACGGUAGGUGUGGUAUGCCGGCGACAAUUCAAGCCGUGCAAAUGCGAACCUGAUGAUGGUCUCUUGACUUUGCCAGUUUGGAAGAGUCCUUUUACGGUGCCGGAGGCCAAUAUGGGUAUGGUUUGUGUUUUCCA